AUCUGCUGUCACCUUCAUUUGUGGAACCAAGUCGGCCAUGUAAAUAGAAUUAGUAUGGGAUCAUCAUCCUCCAAGAAGGGCCCACGACCCCAGCCCGUUCGGCCCGCAGAUCAUGGACCCCUUCCCCAGGAACUUGUCCCCUACGCAGGUCCUCAGAUCCAGUACCGUAUUGUCCAAAUGAUGGUGAACUUUAAGUCACAUGUAACGUUUGGGUUCACCCAAGGUGUGCCCCAAACAACUACCAACGUGGAUGACUACUAUCCUACCCUGGGAGCUCAGUACGGGGAGGGCUUCACACUCAUCUCGUUCUACCGUAUACCCGGUGGGGCUCAGCAGACAGGCCUGUUCUCAAUGACAGUGGCUAUACCCUUUCAGGGAAUCUUCUCGUGCUGUCCUUCUGUACCCACACAUGAGCGCUGGCAGCUGAGGAUUGAGAAGUCGGCCAUGUACGUACAUGCCAUGACGUCCGUGCGCAUCUUUAGAGGUGCCACAACACAGAGUGCAGCUAACACAUCUCACCUUAUUGACAUGAUAUCAAGCUGCACCGCCACUGGUGGUCGACUGAUUUGUGUUGAAAUGACAGGAAUGAUGUCAGCUCAGGGUAUGCAAAUGGGACUGACGAGUAGCAGCAUGCAAACAGGUGUGGGUGUGGACCUCUUCUUCAACAUGCCUCUCCACCCAAACCCCACCGUGUACAUUUACCAGUGUGUGAACACGCCCAUCCCCAUGACGAUGACCCCCGGCUUUGGUCAGGUCACAGUAGACAUCCAGUUCAACUUCAUGGGUCAUCUAGCGGUACAUCUAAACCAAGGCUACAGACUGGUGGAGAUAUUUUACGACCAGUCGGCCAUGUCUCAGAUACAUGGUGGCUUCAUGCCAACCACAGGCAUGUCAAUGAACACCAUUUGGUUCUUCGAGAAGGAGGCCGAUCGGGUCAACGACAUCACCCCGGUGUAUGAGGGGUGCAUCGUGGAGUACUAUCUGAAGAUCCAGCCAGGCCUAGGACAAGUGGUAGCAUCAGCCAAUUGGGCACCUUUGAUGGAGAACAUGGGGAACAAAGGCUGGGAGCUAGCGUGUACCCUGGAGACACCCAAAAUAGUGCGGUCAGGCAUGAUGACCAUGAAACAGACAAUCCUACUGUUUUUCCAGAGGAAGAUCUUGACUUCUAACUCUGCCUCUGGCAUGCCUCCAUCCCAUAUUGGGCUUGUAGACCCGUCUACAGGGGCACCCAUGGCUACAGAGUAUGCCCCACCACCCUCCUAUGACGAAGUUGCUAAACAAUAGGCUUAAUGUAUGCUCACCACUCUGCUACGAUGAAGUCAUUCAGCUAUCGGCUUACAGUAAUCCCCAGCCUCCUACAAUAAAGUUGCUAAGCAGCACUAAUCUUAUAUACUCUAAAGGUUAUGAAGUGAGAAUAUAAAAACAUAUAUCAGUAGUUGUUCAUACUCUGCUAUGUUGAGUGCAUAAGUACUCCCUCUGUGCUGUAAAUUGAAGAUAUCAGGUUACAAGGGGGAGGCGACUAUUAAUAUCUCUAGUUGGGGUGGUUGUAUCUUUCGGCAUCUGUCUGUUAAUCAGUCCAUUCAGCCAUUUGCUGAAUCGUCUGUUCAUCCGUCUGUCCUAUUCCAUGUGAACAUGAUAUGUCUUGAACUCAAAAUCAGGUUUGCCAAACUUACUUCUCACAUCUAUUCAGUGAUAAGAAGGAAUGCUGUGUAUUUUUAGUGACCUUGACCUGUCAUAUCAUCCAGGUAGUUGAAGUUGAAACACCAUAUCUUCGGAACUCUUAAUUAUUUAUAUGCAACCGUGGCCUGUUAUUCAAGGUCAUUUGUGCCAGUAUGUCUUAAGUACAUAUGUAUUAGCUUAGAUGAAAUUUUUGUAUAGAUGAAAGUCAGAUAUAUUUUUUAAUGUAUGUCGUAUUUUUACUGGAGAUGUAUUGUUAUAUGUUCUUAUACGUGUAUAUUAGAAGAUUGUUUAACGUGUGUGCAUACACAAGAUUUUUACGUCAGCGGAAUAGCGUUUUCUAUUUGAGAUUUGUGUUUUGCACUGAAGUGAUUAUUGUACUGACGG